UACAGAUACUGAAUUCAGUGCAUCCCUGUGCAAUGCAAUCCCUAGAUACAUUAAAGCUUCAUUUCCAGCAUUCAUAUACACAUAGAAUGCAGCAACAAAAAGGGGAAGAAGUCUACUACGUGGGAAUAGAUGUGGGGACAGCAAGUGUGCGUGUGGCUUUGGUAGACCAGUUUGGAACAGUGGUAGACCAAGUGGAACAGUCAAUCAAAAUAUGGGAACCUCAGCCUGACCACUAUGAGCAAUCUUCUGAUGACAUCUGGGCUGCUUGUUGCCAGGUUACAAAGCAAGUUGUGCGUACCAAAGACCCUAGAUGCAUUCGAGGACUUGGAUUUGAUGCCACGUGUUCUUUAGUGGUACUUGACACACAGUUCCAACCACUGGCAGUGAAUUCACAAGGUGAGCAUAAGAGAAACAUAAUAAUGUGGAUGGACCAUCGCGCUGGAUGUCAAGUUGAUCGUAUAAAUCGCACGAAUCACAAGGUGUUGAGAUAUGUUGGUGGAGUUAUGUCUGUUGAAAUGCAGCCACCCAAGCUCCUUUGGUUAAAGGAAAACUUGCGAGAAGAGUGUUGGAAUAAAUCAGGGCAAUUAUUUGAUCUACCAGACUUCUUAACUUGGAAAGCAACUGGAGACAACACAAGAUCAUUUUGUACACUGGUAUGCAAAUGGACCUAUUCUUUAGAUCACGGAUGGGAUGAUAGUUUUUGGAAGGAGAUUGGGUUGGAGGAUAUUUGCGAGGGGAACUAUGUAAAAAUAGGAAACCAAGUCAUGUCUCCAGGAGCUUCCAUAGGGAAUUGUCUAACUGCCACAGCUGCCAAAGAACUUGGUCUUCCAGAAGGACUUCCAGUGGCUGCUUCACUUAUUGAUGCCCAUGCGGGAGGUUUAGGUGUGAUUGGAGCCAGUCUGAAGGAAUAUGGCCUAGAGGGGGAACAUCAUCCAAUCACAUCCAGAUUAGCCCUGAUUUGUGGAACAUCUUCAUGUCAUAUGGGGAUAAGUGAGAAGCCAAUAUUUGUACCUGGAGUAUGGGGUCCAUAUUACUCUGCUAUGAUUCCAGGUCUCUGGCUGAAUGAGGGUGGUCAGAGUGCUACUGGGAAACUGAUUGAUCAUGUUGUGCAUGGCCACAUUGCUUUUAUGGAAUUAGAAAAUCAAGCUAAAGCCAGGGGCCAACAUAUAUAUACAUACUUAAACAAUCACCUGGAUAAAAUUAAGAAGUCUGGGCCUGUGGGCUUUUUAGCGGCUGAUUUACAUGUUUGGCCAGAUUUCCAUGGGAACCGCUCUCCCUUGGCAGAUCUCACAAUGAAAGGCAUGGUUGUUGGACUGACUUUAUCUAAAAGCUUGGAUGAUUUGGCUACUCUUUACUUGGCCACAAUACAAGCCAUUGCGUUGGGAACAAGGCACAUUCUGGAAACAAUGCAAACUGCAGGCCAUCACAUCAGCACUUUGCAUCUUUGUGGUGGACUGAGCAAGAACCCUCUCUUUGUGCAGAUGCAUGCAGACAUUACUGGCUUACCUGUGGUCUUAUCUAAAGAGGUAGAAUCUGUGCUAGUCGGAGCUGCAAUUCUUGGGGCCUGUGCAUCUGGAGAUUUUCCUUCAAUAAAGGAAGCCAUGGAGAAAAUGUCAAAAGUGGGCAAAAUCAUUUUCCCUAACCACGAAGAUAAAAGAUUUUAUGAUAAGAAGUAUGAAGUAUUUCUAAAGUUAUCUUCUCACCAGAAGGAGUAUCAGGCUAUCAUGGGAAGAAUGUGACUCCAACACCACAUCCUGCAAUGCAACAACAAGAUUUGUAAUUAAAGUACGAAGAUUAAACAACUUAUAAAUUACCAGCGCUUGGCUCUCAUCCAAACCUUGUUGGACCAAAAAAGGGGGUCUAUAGUCUUAAAGGGGAACUAUGGUGAAAUUAAAUAUAAAUCACAUGGAAAUAGGAAACUUUCUAAAUAUAAUCAAUUAAAAACUGGGUACUAUA